GCUGUUGGAACAGGUCCAGGGGAGGGCUGCAAAGAUGAUCAGAGGGCUGGAGCACCUCCCAUACGAAGACAGGCUGAGAGAGUCGAGGUUGUUCAGCCUGGAGAAAAGAAGGCUCAGAGGAGAUCUUGAAGCAACCUUCCAGUACCUGAAGGGGCUACAGGAAAGCUGGAGAGGGACUGUUUACAAAGGCUUGUGGGGAUAGGACUAGAGGAAAUGGGUAUAAACUGGAGAGGAGCAGAUUUGGACUAGACAUAAGGAGCAAUUUCUUCACCAUGAGAGUGGUGAGGCACUGGCACAGGUUGCCCAGGGAAGCUGUGGAUCCCCCAUCCCUGGAGGUGUCCAAGACCAGGCUGGAUGGGGCUUCGAUCAGGCUGGUCUGAUGGGAGGUGUCCCUGCCCAUGGCAGGGGGGUUGGAUCUGGAUGAUCUUUAAGGUCCCUUCCAACCCAAACCCUUCUAUGAUUCUGUGAUUUCUGAAAUGAAUUCCCUAGGUGGGCAGCUGCUGGCCCCGGGUUAUGAUCUGUGACUGCGAGGGCAUAAAGACUAUAGGAAAGACUGUCAGUCGAUCUGCCGAAUUUAAUUACGCAGAAACAUUCUGCUUUAACUCAGCAAACUCACACUUAUAAUGCCUGAACGUUAAGGCUUGUGUUUCUUCCCAUAGGUAUAAAACUGAGCAACUGGAAGCAGGCGCGGCCAGCUCAAAGCCCAGGCUUCCGUGACCUGCCACAGAGUCUGUGGGACUGCAUGGCACCCGGAGCUGAGGUGGCAGGUGAUGACAUCCUGCACUCUUCAGGGGAAGGUCUCUGCUUCUAGGUACCGGUCAGCAGCACUGGUAGCUAGUAAGAUGGAAGUGUUGGCAGAUGACUAUGAUGAAAGAGAUAUCUUGAGGCCGUUGGUGUUCCGUCUCCAUGAGAAUGUCCCUGCAAUAGUCCGUGAGGUUUUACUGGAACGUGGCUGGACAGAAUUUGACAAAAAGGAGCAAGAUGAUGCAGACUGGAACCUGUACUGGCAGAAUUCACCUUUCCACAUGGCAGACCACCACAGCAUUAAACCAUGGCAAAGACUGAACCACUACCCAGAAGCUGUCUGGAUCACCAGAAAAGACUACUUGGCAAGGUAUCUGAAACGUAUGAAAGCAGCAUAUGGAUCAGCUCUGUAUGAGUUUAGUCCAGUAGCAUUCAUCAUGCCCAAUGACUACAUCAAAUUUCUAGCAGCAUAUAGCAAGGAAAGACAGUCAGUAGGCAGAAGACCAAGCUACUGGAUUUGCAAGCCAGUGGACCUCUCCCGUGGAAGGGGCAUAGUCAUUUUCCAAGAUAUUAAAGACUUAGUAUAUGACUGUAGAGUCAUUGUGCAGAAGUACAUUAGCAACCCCUUGCUCAUUUCAGGGUAUAAAAUGGACCUGCGCCUCUAUGUGUGUGUCACCAGUUUUUGCCCCCUCACCAUUUAUACUUAUGAAGAAGGACUGGUGAGGUUUGCUACGGAAAAGUUUGACCUCAGUUCUCUGGACAAUGUCUAUGCCCACCUAACAAACACCAGCAUCAACAAAUAUGGAGCUUCAUAUAAAAAAUAUAAAGAAGGGAUUGGCUGUGGCUGCAAAUGGACAUUCAGCAAAUUUCGUUCUUACCUUCGAAUAUUAGGGAUUGAUGACAUGCUUCUCUGGCAGAAGAUCAAUAACAUAGUGAUUCUCACCCUUCUUGCUGUAACCCCUUUACCAGUGGCUUCCAAUUGCUUUGAGCUCUUUGGCUUUGACAUCCUGAUUGACAGCAAAUUCAAGCCGUGGCUUUUAGAAGUCAACUACAAUCCAGCCUUGUGUUUAGACUGUUCCAUUGAUGACACUGUGAAAAGAAAACUUCUUCAUGAUAUUAUUGAACUGCUGAACUACAAGCAGAUUGACACUUUCAGGCAAAAACAAGUGGCCAGGAUAAAGGCUGGCGGAAGGCGGGUGCUCUGGAGCACAGCUGAUGAGAAUGCCAGCAAAGGGACUCCUGGCUUACUCACUUGGAAGAAAGUGGCUAAACGUCCUUCUGCUUCUUCAGUACAACCUGCCCUUCAGGCUGCAAGAGGAUCAAUUCGUAAGGUGGCUACCCUGACCAAGAAAACUGCCAGUGCACAUCCAAGAAAAACACUGAAUUCCCAGCUUAGGGAAAGGAUGAAUAUGCCAAAAAUACCUUCACAAGCAAAAGCUGAAGCUAAGAAUAAACAACUUCCAGGAGCCAGGCAUUCUCCACACAAGUCUGCCCAAUUAAUCCACUGGUUACCUACACCUGAUUUCUGCAACUGUGAGUUGACCACACAUCCUUAUUUCCUCUCUGAUAAAGACCAGAGGCCUAUCCCCCGCGUAGGAGGUUUGGUCCUUAUUUUUCCUUUCAGUGAAACUGCAUUUCAAGCUUCCAGGGAUGGGACAGACAUAAAGACCAUCAUAAAGGAAAUGAACAAACUAGUGAGCAAGCAGUUACGAUCAAAACAGCAGAAUCCAAAGAAAAUGGUGGGCUGUUUAACCUCUGUGUAACUUCACGAUGUUCAGUUAUAUAGGCAUAUCAUAAAUGACAACCUUAGGUGAAAAGAGGUAGCUGUGCACUGAAAUUGUAUUGGUAAGAGAGAUAUCUCAAACAACACAAGAUUUAAAAAAAUUUAAUUUAGUAAUUAUCAUGAGAUUAUAUUUUAACUUUAAAGUACUAAUUUUUUAAGUAAUUCCUGCAAUGUUAAAGUAAUCCCAGAAUAAAAAUGGAGAACUGAGUUUCUCAAAACAUCCUCAGAAAUUCCAGUCUUUUUAAAUUAUUUUUCUCAGUGAUCUUUGCUGCUUUUCUUUUUCUAACUGAAGGGGCUUUAAAAAAAUCAGUCACUUUACACCAGGGAGCAUUCAACGUGCAGUCAGUUUACAAAGGUGAAGGUAAUAUGAAUGACACAAAAUUAUCAUGUUU